AUGUCAAGCAUAAAUUAUACAACACGAACUGAAGGGCAAACAAGAAUUAACACAAUAAUAUGGACUGUACCUAAUUUUAUUAAUUUACUUGAAAACAAGACGAGGGAGUUUCGUACUGAGAAACCAAAGGAACCCACAGCAGACUCUGUACAUUCGAAAUUUUCUCUAAAGAUGCAGUUUUUGGGUCGCGACAAUGACAUUAUUGAGAUAUAUUACCUAUCACCUAACCCUGUCUUUCUGAAGUCUAUAUUAACCAUAUGUUUAAAACGAUUUGAAGAACGUUCUAUAGUUAUAAAGGAGUACCACACUGUUCAAGGUAAUAAAUGGCAGUACUUGGCCACAUUGUUCAAGAGAGACAUAGCCAGCUAUGAUGGGCGUGACAUAUUUCUUUUAAGCGAUGGCAGCUUAAGAUUAAAAUUCCAGUUUAUGGUGACAAAUGAUAUUAAAGUAGAUCAGUCUUAUGUACCUGAAGCCCAACUAAGCAAUGAUUUUGAAAAUCUUCUAAAUAAUGGCUUAUUUUCUGAUAUUACUAUGAAAUCUUCUGAAGGCAAUGAAUAUAAACUCCACAAAGCAGUUUUAGCUAGUCGAAGUUUGGUUUUAAAAGCUCAUUUUGAGCAUAAUACAGUGGAAUGUCAUACAAAUAUUGUUGAAUCACACCUCGAGACUGAAGUCCUUACUGAAGUAUUGACAUUUAUUUAUAGUGAUAAAGCACCCAGAGUUGAUGAUAUUCCAGAAAAACUAUUGGCAGCAGCAGAUUUUUAUCAACUACAUAGACUAAAGAGUCUGUGUGAAGAAGCUCUACAUAAAAAGUUAACGGUAGAUAAUGCAAUAAAAACUCUACAGCUUGCCGAUUUGCAUUCAGCCAAGACUCUCAAACAACUGACAUUAGAAUUUAUAAAAGAUGGUCAAGCCAAGCUCAUAACCAAAACAGAAGGGUGGGCUAAAGUUGAGUCGGUUGAAUUAAUUAAAAGUAUUUAUGAAUAUAUCAUGGCUGACGAUGUCGAAGCAGAUAUUAAG